AGCGCGGUCAUUAUCAGCGUUCUUCUUCGGCUGAGGCUGCUGUUGCUGCUGCUGCCAUUUCUUCAUCAUUAUGCUGGGAAAGAACGAGACAUCGGGCAGAACCGAUAUGUGUACUAUAUAAAACUAAAAUGUCAAGAAGAGCUUUAAUUCAUUACGGUUUUGUGUAUCGAGGUGGUAACACAUGCGCGCGUGGCAUUGAAAUUAAGCAAAUCUGAGACAAGUACCCGGCGUGUCGAGAUCGAUGGACACUGUUCAGCUAUUAGGAGUGGAUGGGCUUGAAUAAUGAUUUCGAGCCAAGUGAUUGAGCAGGACUGAGCCAAGACGAAAAAGCCCGGGCUUAUAGUUUGGAAAAGUGGACCGAUUACGGCGCGUGUUUGUGCACGAUCCUUGAGAGUGUCUUCAAGUUAAUUUGUGAAGGAGUUUUUUUUUCUACUAAAUCGAAACCGGAAUAUCGACGAGACGAGCAAAAUGCUGUACUUGAAAUAUUUAACAGUGCUGAAAAUAAUACUGCUGCUCAUGCUGCAACAGACUCAGGCACAAUUCAAAAUAUUAGGAAUCACUUCCGGCCGGUCAAACAACGGCGAUGUCGCACUUGUGCAAAUCAAACCAUUGCAACCAAACGUGUCUGAACCAGUCCAGUCUAGAUCGUUUGGAGACGAGCCGAUAAUGAUGGUGGAGAGCAGCAUGACUCCAAAUACCACAGUGAGAAUAAUAUCGAUGCCAACCGAAGCACCCGUCGAGUCCCAAACGAGCAAAAUCAUCAAACUUCAAAUCAUGGACUCGUUGCCGGCUCGGAAUAUCUCAACCCGGGAGGGCAAACUACAAAAUUCCGGAAACCAUCGAACGGACAACGACAUCAUCAACAUCGCUCCUCUGCAGAGACCCACGAUCGCAACGUCCACGCUGGCCAGUCCCACGUCCUCACACCGCCGGAGGGCCACCGGUUCCGUCAAACUGACAGGCGAUUCGGAGAUGUUCUUCAUCCACAAACCCUCGUCACCGGCGCCCUUCAAAAAGCAGCACCAAAGCAAGGAAAACGACGUGAUUGCCGACUACGUGAUCCAACGGUACAAACGCCGGAAGUACAAGUCCAAGUGUCGCUGCGAGCGAAUCUGGAACUGUCCGCGGAUUCAGAUCUCGAUCGCGAGGUGCGCCCCCGACUAUUUUAUGUGCUGCUUCUAG